AUGGAGAAAGGGAAAAGUCAGAGCAAGGCAAACAAAGGGAUGCACCGUUUCAUUUCAGGUCUUUCCUUUGCGGUUGAUGCGCCGAUUCUCUCUACGCUUGUUUUCAAUCAUCGCAACAAGAAGAAAAAGAGUACAGCCAAAGAGAGCACCGAGGGAGCAUCCGCUCCUUCGUUCAUCUCCCCAAUUCUCACGAGAGAAGGUAGCGAUCAAUACGACGUAUUCUUGAGCUUUAGAGGCUUAGAUACGCGAAAAGGAUUCACCGAUUACCUCUACCACAGUUUGGUCAAUGCGGGGAUUGUACCAAUUUGUGUCUUCAGGGACGACAACAAUAUCCCAAUUGGCGAGGAAAUUGGUUCACAGCUUCUCAAUGCAAUCAAGCAGUCUAAGAUUUCAGUUCCCAUCAUCUUCGAAAAUUAUGCUUCAAGCAAAUGGUGCCUCCGAGAGCUUAUUCAUAUCAUGGACUGCAAGAAGAACACAUCACACAUAGUGUUACCCAUUUUUUACAAAGUCAACCCAUCAGACGUGCGGUAUCUAAAAGGAAGUUUUGGUAAGGCCUACCACUUGCAUAAAAAGGUUUUUGAUGAGAAUGAUGUCCAGGAAGGGCAAAGAGCACUUAGAGAAGUCACUUUCUUAAAGGGAUGGGAAUCUGAAAAAAUUGCUAACGGGUGUGAAGGAGAAUUAGUGGAAAAAGUUAUCAAAACUAUUUUGAGCAAGUUGCGACAUGAUUUUCAGCUUGAUGUUACUAAGCACUUGGUUGGAAUUGGUGAUCAUGUGAACAAAAUUAGGAAUUGGGUAGACACUCCUACCAAUGUUGCUCAAAUGAUUGGAAUCUAUGGCAUGGGCGGGAUUGGAAAAACGACUCUUGCCAAGUUUAUCUAUAACAAGCUGUCAAAUGAUUUUCUGCAUCAUAGCUUCCUUCUAGAUAUUCGAGAAACGGUUCAUCGCAACGAUAUUCCUUAUUUACAAAAUCAACUAAUUAAGGAAAUACAGCCAAAUGAACAACAAGUUUGUAAAGUCGAUGAUGGAAUUAGUUUAAUCAAAUCCAGAAUCAAAGAAAAAAGGGUUCUCAUUCUUCUGGAUGAUAUUGAUCACAAUGAUCAACUAAAUGCUUUGGCUAGAAACUGUAAUUGGUUUUCUUCAGGAAGUAUUAUCAUCGUUGCAACUAGAAAUAAAGCUGUUCUUGAUCAAUCUGAAUUCGGGGCAGCCAAGUAUGAAUUGAUUGGAUUAGAUAAGAAGGAUUCUUUACUUUUAUUUAACAGACAUGCAUUUCGUAUGAACCAUUCUUUGAGGGACUUUGAGGAUAUUUCUCAUGAUAUCAUAUCCACUAUGGGAGGGCUUCCCUUAGCUCUUGAGGUUAUAGGCUCAUACUUAUAUGGGAAAACUGAUCGGAAUGUAUGGGUUGAUGUGCUCAAGCAAUUAACCGAACAACCAUAUAGAGAUGUUCAAAAGACAUUGAAGAUAAGCUAUGAUGCAUUAGAUGACAGGCACAAGGAGAUAUUUCUUGAUAUUGCUUGUUUCUUUAUUGGCAAGGAGAGCAAAUUCGCCAUGUAUAUGUGGGAUGACUGUGGGUUUUAUGCAAGCCAAGGGAUUGAAGAGUUGAAACCGAGAUGCUUAAUAAAAGUCGGCGAUGAUGGCAAGUCAUGGAUGCAUGAUCAACUGAGAGAUCUUGGAAGGAGCAUUAGUUGCCAAGGACAACCGCCUGAGAAACAUAGCAGACUGUGGGUUUGCAAGGCAGCCUCCAAAGUACUAAUGGAAAAAAAGGGAACUAAAAGGAUCCAAGCAAUUUGUCUUGACGAUGGCCCCCUGGACAAUCUCCAGGCAUACACAAAUGAACAAUUUGAAAACUUGCAGAGCUUAAGGUUCCUUCAAUUGAGGCGAGCGGCUAUAAGUGGAGACUUUAACAACCUGUUUUCUGAAUUAAGAUGGCUUCACUGGUUUGACGUUGAACGCUGUAUAUCUUUUUCGCCAACCAAUUUGCAUUUGCCGAAAUUAGUCGUGCUGCAAUUGUCGGGUAGCGCUAUCACAGAACAUUGGCUCGGAUGGAGUUCAAUCAUGGUGGCAAAGCGGCUGAAAGUUGUCGAGCUUGCAUUUUGCUAUAACUUAAAAUGUACUCCCGACCUCUCGACUUUCACAGAGUUGGAGAUUCUCAUCUUGAAACACUGUUACGGAUUGGAGCAAAUUCACUCCUCUAUUGGCAAAGUCAAGAGCCUCAUUUCCUUGGACUUGGGCUACUGUGUUAGACUUAAGGAGCUGCCAGAGGAAGUGGGUGAAUUAGAAGAACUAAAAGAGGUUAUUUUAGAUUUUGCUGGUAUUAUAAAGAUUCCCACAUCAAUCGGUUCCCUAAGGAAGCUGGAGAAACUAAGUGCGUAUGGUUGUCGAUCAUUGAGAGAAAUCCCUAGCUCAAUUGGGGAUUUACAGAAUUUGCAACAUCUGGACAUUAGUUAUUCUGCAAUUGAAAAGUUACCCAGUGCUAUUGGAAGGUUGAAAAAAUUACGGAGGCUAUGUCUUGAACUCUGCCUUAAUCUGAUUGGAGAAAUUCCAAGUGAAAUCGGCGAGUUGUCUUCUCUCGAGAUUCUUGAAAUCACUUCCACGCCAAUAUUUGACCUGCCAGAAAGCAUCCGGAAUCUUUCUUCUCUCCAACACCUUAGCUUAUGGGGCUGUUAUGAGCUGUUGUCGCUACCAGAACUUCCGUCUUGCUUAACAUAUCUGAGCCUAUCUUGUCAAGAUCCUAGGUUGCCACAGCUUGAGGGAUUCAAGUACUUGAAGGAGCUGUCAAUACAAAAGUGCAGUUCCAUUGUAAGGCUGAUACUUCCAGAAUUACAGUGUUCGAAGAAAUUAAUGGCUAACUCUUGCGACAAUCUAGUUGAAGUUCGAGGUCUUGAUAAGACGCCGUUCUUAGAGGUGUUGGGUCUCUCCAAUUGUGCGUCAAUUGAAAGAUUACCCGACCCAUUAUGUUUCGCGACCCUGAAAGAAUUAAACAUCAAUGGAUGUUGCAAUCUACGUGGUAUCGAGAGCCUCGAGAGAUUCUUAUCUUGCCGAAGCAUAUACAUAACAGGACGCAAAUCCCUAGAAAAACUACCUAACUUGUCAAAAUUUGAAAUGUUAGAGAAUUUCACGAUGAGGUAUUUGCUUGGUGUUACGGAGAUUCCUGGGAUUGAGGAAUCAAGAUCUCUAACGCACAUAGAUAUCACAGGAUGCGCAUCAAUAAAGACUCUCCCAGAUUUGUCAGGAUGUGAGAAGUUACAAUUCCUAGUGGUGCAAGACUGCAAGAAACUUACUCAGCUUCGGGAACUCGAAAAGCUGCAUUUAAUUUAUCUGGAUAUUUCGGGGUGCGGAUCAUUGGAAAAGAUACCAGAUGUUCCUGGAAUGCGCGUCAUAAGAAAUUAUCAAGGAGCGCAAUAUGAAGUUCGAAAUAGGAAAAUUGUAUUGCGGUGA